AUGCCAAGGUCGAAGAACGCUCCCGCUGGUUCGAAUCCGGUUCCAGCUGCCGAUGAACGAUGCUCAUGCGGUCGUCCGGAUGAAGCUGAAGCGAACAUGGUACAAUGCGAGCGCUGCACCCGAUAUUACCACUACACUUGUGCUAACGUGACAGCUAGCAUUGAAGCGGAAGAUCGACAUUUCGUGUGUGCGGCCUGCAUCCCGCCGGCUGUACAGCUCCCAAGUGUCGCAAGCUCAAGAUCCAGUCGAUCAACAGCGAGUGCCAGAGCCAGAGCAGUGCUUGAGCUUCAACGUCUGGAGGAGGAAAAGGAGGUGGAGAAAAGGUAUCUCGCCAAAAAGUACGAUGUUCUCCAAGCUCAACUGGACGAAGAGGAAAACGGGAGUGUCAGAAGUCGUCGAUCGCGUCGCAGUACACAAAGGAUACAGGAAUGGGUUCAGCAGUUAGUCCCGACUACGAGUGUCAGUACCGGGUUACCAAUCCCCACUAGUAUUCCGUCUCGGACCGGAACCCUACCGAAACAAAUCCUUUCAGUACCAGCACCGCAAGUGAUGCCAAUCACAUCCGAGCUCACCGCACAAAAUGUGCAGUUGCAGCCCACCGUUCUUAAUCCAGUCAGUACCGUAUGCAACAAUAUAACUCCAGCCAAUACUCGAGUGUCUGUUCCUCGCAAUAUGGGUAUGCAGCUUUCCAACACAACCAACGCUAGUGGUUUACAAAGUGAAGCCAUUGGAGGAUUAGACAACUACCCGUUCCGGCAGAAUCACCAGGUGGAUUUUUCUAUCUCUGCAACGCAGCAUCCCGAUGAUCUGAUGCAGCAACUGUUUGAGCUGCGAAAACGAAUGGAUGGUCUACAGCUGCAGCUGGCGAAAGAGCCACCUCAGAACACACUACCAGUCACAGCACCCAAUCUGUCGGCAUCGCAGAUUGUUAGCAACAGAAUUCCUGAGUAUGAGUUUCCAAAGAACAAGGGUAAUGAACUUGUUAGCAGUUCGGUAAGUCAGACGUGCUCAAAGCCAGUAGACACUAUCAAGAGAGGUGUGUUAACGAAUACAACAAGCAUUUCAAUUUUCGAUAAAACCCCGCCGUGUACAAUGCCAGUUGAAUCAAUAAAUUAUAAUGCACCUCCCACUUCGACCGGUCCAUGCCAAACCCCCCCUGCCUUGUCGUUCGUUCCGUCGCUUAUGAGUACUCCGCAGCAUCGAAUUCCACCCCCCUCCGCAAAUACAGUGUCCGCUUGUUUAUCACCAAUCGUUUCACCGAUGGUUAUCGCACCUAUUUCCAAUCCCGCCACCGUUUCGAGACAGUUAUUCUGUGGUCCCAGUUCACAACAACUCUCUGCCAGACAAGUCGUUCCCAGAGAACUUCCUAUCUUUUCGGGCGAUCCAGUCGAGUGGCCGUUGUUUCUGAGCAGCUUUCAGAAUUCUACAGAGAUGUGUGGAUAUUCAGAUGGAGAGAAUUUGAUGCGUCUUCAACGUUGCCUUAAGGGAAACGCAUUGGAAGCGGUCCGGAGUUAUCUGAUGCUUCCGUCGUCAGUACCUUCGAUCAUCGAUACACUGAGAACAUUGUAUGGGCGUCCAGAUUUGAUCAUCAGUUCGUUGUUAGCUAAGAUACGAGCAACCCCAACACCUAAACCCGAGAAAUUGGACACGUUGAUAAGCUUUGGGCUGGCCUGCAAGAAUCUUUGCGGACAUCUUCGAGCAGCUGGGCUUAACGAUCACCUGUCGAACCCCAUGCUUUUACAGGAACUGGUGAACAAAUUGCCUGCGAACAUAAAAUUGAAUUGGUCCCUCUUCAAGCGACAACAACGAGUCGUAGAUCUCACUACGUUCGGUAGCUAUAUGGACGACAUAGUAACGGCGGUCAGUGACGUCACCUUCACUUACGAAGCCGAUGAGCAUCGCGUGAGCAGGCACGAGAAACCCAAACCCAAAGAAAAGUUGUACGUGAACGCACACGCUACAGACAUUUCGAAGGAUAAGCCGAAUAUCAGCAUAGUCAACCACAAAGGAGUUACACCGAAGCCGUGUCCAGUCUGCCAAAAGGAAGGGCAUAAGGCUAAGGACUGCUACACUUUCCGAAAUAUGACCUUGAACGACCGAUGGAAACUCGCCCAAGAGCAACAUUUAUGCCGCCGUUGUCUGGUAUCUCAUGGAAAAUUUCCGUGUAAAGCGUCCAGAAUGCCACUGGUGUCACAGAUCGUUGAAGUUCCGAAGACAACUAGUAUGGUUACUGUGCAUCGCAAACUCCAACCAACUAUCCUUUUCCGGAUACUGCCUGUAACACUGCAUGGGAAUGGCAAAGUCAUUGAUACAUAUGCGUUCCUAGAUGACGGUUCAUCCACCACACUGGUGGAAUCCCACAUCGCAAAGGAAUUGGGAGUGAGAGGCGAAGUAAAUCCACUCUGUCUUCAGUGGACAAAUGACAUCGAGCGUACAGAAAACGAGUCACAACUGAUUAAUCUGGAAAUCUCUGGUGAUGGUCAUACGAAACGGCAUCCAUUAAGAAGGAUCCACACAGUUGAAAAAAUGAAUCUACCAGUUCAGUCACUGAAUUAUUCGGAAAUCAGUCAACAAUUUUCUCAUCUUCGUGGGUUACCAGUCCGUAACUAUAAAAGUGCAGUUCCUACCAUUUUAAUCGGUUUAGACAACUCAUAUUUAAAAACAUCUCUGAAAUGUCGUGAAGGUUCCAGAAAUGAACCGAUUGCUUCCAAAACUCGGUUAGGUUGGACGGUUUAUGGAGCCAUCAACGCUGGUCCUGAUUCUAAGGUCCAGUUACAGUUUCACAUCUGUGCUCGUUCGCCCGAUCAGGAGCUCCAUGAUCUCGUGAAGGACUUUUUCGCUUUGGAAAGCGUUGGUUCAAUUUCACCGAUCGUAGAAAGCGACGAUGACAUUCGUGCACGUGCAAUACUUGAGCGCACUAUGGUUCGAACACCUACGGGGAGAUUUCAGACGGGCUUGCUGUGGAAACACGACUAUAUUCAGUUUCCAAACAGCAGACCAAUGGCGGAAAGAAGACUCCAGUGCCUUGAACGUCGCUUGGCGUCCAAACCAGAGCUUUACGACAAAUUGCGAGGGCAGAUGAAGGAGUAUCAAUCCAAAGAAUAUGCCUACAAACUCAGCCAGGUGGAACUAGCCGCAUUAGACGCGAAUAGGACUUGGUUCUUACCGUUGAACGUCGUAAUCAAUCCAAGAAAGCCAAACAAAUUACGUUUAGUGUGGGAUGCUGCAGCCAAGGUCCAGGGUCAGUCAUUGAACUCCAAUCUACUAGCUGGUCCUGAUCUCCUUACUCCGCUUCCCGCUGUACUUUGUCCAUUCCGACAAUUCCAAGUCGCCAUCACAGCGGAUAUUUCGGAAAUGUUCCACCAAAUAUUGAUACAACCGGAAGAUCGAUCGGCGCAGCUGUUUCUUUGGAGAGAUCAUCCGUCGAAACAAUUUGAGGUUUUCGCAAUGAAAGUGGCGACGUUUGGAUCUACGUGCUCCCCAUCCGCAGCACAAUUCAUAAAAAAUCGAAACGCUCAAGAAUUUUCUAAGCAGUUUCCACGAGCGGCUGAAGCGAUCUUAAAACAUCACUAUGUGGAUGAUUUUUUGUACAGUGUAGACACGAUGAAGGAGGCGGUACAAAUUGCGCAACAAGUGAAGGAAAUCCACUCAAAAGCUGGCUUCCAUAUCCGUAACUGGCUCUCGAACUCCAGCGACUUUCUAACACGGGUCGGGGAAAGGAACGUGGAAACGUCGAAGUACUUCGCAGUGACCAAGUCAACUACUAGUGAACGAGUUCUCGGCAUGAUUUGGAAACCAGAUCCAGAUAUUUUCGUGUUCCAAGGGUUGUUUCGCGAAGAAAUGCUACCGCUGAUCCAGGGUAAUUAUAUUCCAACCAAGAGACAGACCCUUCGGAUCGUGAUGAGCAUAUUUGAUCCCUUAGGAUUGGUAGCUGUUUUUGUGGUCCACGGAAAAAUGCUCAUUCAGAACAUCUGGCGUUCGAAAAUCGGAUGGGACGAGCGUAUACCCGAUGAGCUAGUUAGUCAAUGGGAGCGCUGGUUGACCCUGUUGCAGCAACUUGAGCAAAUACAAAUACCCCGAAGUUACUUUCCUGGCAGUUCAAGUGAGAUCUAUCGUUCACUUGAGCUGCAUAUUUUCGUGGAUGCCAGUGAGGAGGCCUUUGCCGCUGUCGCUUAUUUCCGAAUCAUCGAACAACAAACAGUUCGCUGCGUUCUUGUUUCAGCGAAGACAAAGGUUGCUCCACUAAAGCCCAUAUCGAUUCCUAGAUUGGAAUUAAUGGCGGCCGUUCUUGGGGUGAAACUUGCCAAAUCGGUCGAAGAAUACCACACCCUAGUUAUUACACGCAGAGUAUUUUGGAGCGACUCCAGCACCGCACUUUCGUGGAUACGUUCAGACCAGAGAAAAUAUCGACAGUUUGUUGCUAUCCGGGUGACUGAGAUUCUUGAGAAUUCUCAGGUAGACGAGUGGCGAUGGAUUCCUUCUCGUUGGAACGUAGCGGACGAAGCAACGAAGUGGGGCAAGGGACCUUCUAUCAACAACAGUAGUCGCUGGUUCCAAGCACCAGCUUUUCUCUAUCAGCAUCCUGAUCUAUGGCCUCAUCAAGAUCUACGUGUUACAGAGACACCAGAAGAGCUUCGCCCCAUCCACAUUCACCAUCAAAUUGCAAUAGUUGAGCAGCUGAUCGUGUUCGGAAGGUUCUCAAAAUGGGAACGCUUGGCAGAGUCAGAGAUUUUUAAGCAAAUCCAGCAAGAGGCUUACGGAGAUGAAAUCAUCACACUCAUUAGAAAUAAGCAGCUACCGAUGGAACAGCAACUAGGUUUGGAGAAAACGAGUAAGCUUCGCAAGUUAUCACCUUUCCUGGAUAAGCACAGUGUCAUUCGUAUGGACAGUAGAGCUUCGAUUUCCGAGUACUUGUCAACAGACUUCAAGUUUCCUGUAAUCCUUCCGAAAGGCCACUAUGGAACUCAGUUGCUGAUAAAUUGGUACCAUCGUCAACUCAAACAUCGGAACGCAGAGACAGCAGUGAACGAGAUGCGUCAGAGAUUCCACGUAUCAGAAAUGAGAGCGGCGUUUCGACAGGUCAGAAAACUUUGCCAAUGGUGUAAGAUCUACAAAGCGGUACCUGCAGUACCUAGGAUGGCUCCCUUGCCCCCAGAGAGGACCACAUCCUACAUUCGUCAAUUUUCUUUCGUUGGCGUGGACUACUUUGGACCAAUGUUAAUCAGACAAGGACGCAGUGAUGUGAAGCGGUGGGUGGCGAUAUUUACUUGCCUCACUAUACGUGCUGUGCAUUUAGAGGUGUCGCACAGCUUGUCCACGGAGUCCUUUAAACUGGCAAUUCGGAGAUUCAUCGACAGGAGGGGGGCACCUGCCGAAAUAUUUAGCGAUCAGGGAACCAACUUUGUUGGUGCAAACAACGAGUUGAAGAAGGAGUUGCAGCAAAUGUACACAAGUCUGGCUUCAACGUUCACUAAUACAGCAACGCAGUGGCGUUUCAACCCUCCGCUUUCACCGCAUAUGGGGGGGUGUUGGGAACGCAUGGUCCGGUCAAUCAAGAGUGCUUUGGCUUCGUUGUCUACAAUUCGUAAGCCGAGCGAUGAAAUGUUUUUGACAUUGUUGGUCGAGGCGGAGUCGAUCGUGAAUUCGCGGCCACUUACCUAUUUACCAAUAGAAUCAGAGGCGCACGAAGCACUGACACCGAACUGCUUCUUGAUGCUGAGUACGAGUGGAGUAAAUCAACCAACGAGGCACUUCAUCGACGACGAGAAGUUGGAAGCAUACUCAACCUGGAACACAUGCCAACAACUUUUAGACCAGUUCUGGAGUCGUUGGGUGAAGGAGUACCUCCCAACAAUUACCAAGCGGACGAAGUGGUUCAACGACUGCCGACCAAUUCAGGUGGGGGAUCUCGUAGUCCUAGUUGAAGAACAUCUGCGUAACGGGUGA